AUGAUGGAAGUAGAAUCAGAAACUCAAGAACUCCAUAUUCACGUCAAUGGAGAACCUGCAAGAAAAUUUUCAACAGAACAGAGAAGUCACAACUACUCAUGGAGGUUAAGAGUGUCUCUCUAUGUCACUCUCCUAUUAGCUGGAGAGACAAUAGCCACUCUCUUGGGUAGACUUUACUACGACAAAGGCGGAAACAGUACAUGGCUCGAGACUUUGGUUCAGCUUGUUGGGUUUCCUUUAACCCUUCCUUGCUAUUAUUACAUAAAACCUGAGCCUUCCAAGUCUAAAAUCAUAACCAAAAAUACAACUUCUUUCUUUUCUACACUAUCUUUAGUGUAUAUUGGACUUGGCUUGCUUGCUGCUGGACACAGUGUUCUGUACUCCUUUGGAUUACUCUACCUUCCAGUUUCUACUUUCUCUUUGAUAUCUGCGUCGCAAUUAGCGUUUAAUGCCGUCUUUGCUUACUUCCUAAACUCCCAAAAGUUCACACCAUUUAUACUCAAUUCACUUGUUCUCUUGACCAUAUCUUCUACACUUCUUGUCAUCCAAGAUGAGCCUGAAUCUUCCACUUCGAAGUCAUUAGCCAAGUCCAAUUAUGUGAUUGGAUACAUCUGCGCGAUUGGUAGCUCAGCUGGUUAUUCUCUGUUGCUUUCUUUAACAGAUUACGCGUUCGAAAAGAUUCUAAAGAAGUACACUUUCAAGGCGAUUUUAGACAUGGUCACAUAUCAGUCUUUGGUAGCUACUAGUGCCGUUGUGGUUGGACUCAUUGCAAGUGGUGGUUGGAAAAUGUUAAGGACAGAAAUGGAAGAGUUUAGGCUUGGGAAAAGCUAUUACCUAUUGAUAACUAUUGGUGCGACGAUAUCGUGGCAAGCUUGUUCGAUUGGUAGUGUGGGUUUGAUUCUUGAAGUUUCAUCGCUUUUCUCAAACGUUAUAAGCACUCUUUGUUUACCUGUUGUUCCAGUUCUUGCUGUUGUGUUCUUCCACGAUGAGAUGAGUGCAAUCAAGUUGAUAGCAAUGUUUUUGGCCAUUUGGGGAUUUGUUUCUUAUGCUUACCAGCAUUAUGUCGAUGAUCCAAAACCAGAAGAAGAUCAGCAAGAGAUUCCUCAACCUGAAGAAGAAGAUGAAGAACCACAAGAAGAUAACGGUAUCAUUCUGGCUUAG